CAGCGCGCACGUGACCCCCCGCCCUGGCUCUUCUCGGGAGUGGUCCGUUCGAGUCGGGGCCGGUCUCCUGUAGAGACACUGAGGAGCUACCAACGCCUCCCAACUGGGAUAAUUCACAGGAAUUCUCAGUAUGGCAGAAAUGGGUGUGGAGAAAGAUAAAGGAGAGGGACUACUGAAGAGGGUGCAGGAACUGGAGGAAGAAGUGAAGAGACUGCAAGAGAAACUCUUGGAGGGCAAGGAGGGCACCGACAUAAAAAGCAACCCUUCAGCACUAGGGAAAACUAAGAAACGCCAGCAGCGGCCAUUUGAUUUUAGUGCCUAUGGCCGGAGACAUGUGGCACUGAAGAUUGCCUACCUGGGCUGGGGUUACCAGGGCUUUGCCAGCCAGGAGAACACCAGCAACACCAUUGAAGAAAAACUGUUCGAGGCACUAAGCAAGACCCGGCUGGUAGACAAUAGGCAGACUUCCAAUUAUCAUCGCUGUGGACGGACAGACAAGGGGGUCAGUGCAUUUGGACAGGUGAUUUCCCUGGACCUUCGCUCAAACCUUUCAGAGGGAAAGAAAGUGAAUGGUCAUGAGGGUGGCUUGGACGACAAAACCAGUAGUCCUGCCAACGAAAUCCGCUACACCCAUAUCCUAAAUCGGGUGCUCCCUCCUGACAUACGCGUGUUGGCCUGGGCCCCUGUAGAGCCCAGCUUCAGUGCUAGAUUCAGCUGCCUCAAGAGGACCUAUCGCUAUUUUUUCCCUCGUGCAGAUUUAGAUGUGGCCCUCAUGAACGCUGCAGCACAAAAAUACGUGGGGACCCAUGACUUCCGGAACUUGUGCAAGAUGGAUGUAGCCAAUGGCGUGACAAACUUCCAAAGGACUAUUCUCACAGCACAGGUGCAGCUGGUGGAUAGAAGAGGGGAAACUGGGCUACAGGACCCUUUCCAACUGUACCAGUUUGAAGUCACAGGCCAGGCAUUCCUCUAUCAUCAAGUCCGUUGCAUGAUGGCAAUCCUCUUGCUAAUUGGACAGAGUAUGGAGAAUCCAGAGAUUAUUGAUGAGCUAUUGGAUGUAGAGAAGAACCCUCGAAAACCACAGUACAGCAUGGCAGUGGAAUUUCCUCUGGUUCUGUAUGACUGCGAGUUUGAAAACAUCCAGUGGAUCUACGACCAAGAAGUUCAGGAGUUUAAUGUUACUCAUCUACAGCAACUCUGGGCCAAUCAUGCAGUCAAAACUCACAUGUUAUAUAACAUGUUACAGGGGCUAGACUCUGCUGUCAUACCCACAGGGACAGGCCCAGAGAAGAACAGAAUGGUCCUCUGGAGAGAGGUGAAGCCCCCAGUUCACAACCAGGUCAGCAGUUUCAUCGAGGGGGUGAAGGCCCGCACUUACAAACCUUUGCUGGCUCGUCCCAAGUGCGAAGGUUUGGAGUCCCGGAUCAAUCACUUUGUGCGCAGGGGACGUAUUGAGCUGCCACACUGCAGGGAGAAAAAGACUGGAGCAGACAAAGAGGAGCACCUAGAAACAAAGAGAGGCCACAGUGACAGUGCAGAAAAAGAUAGUGAGGUUCCAGGACAAGCUGCCAAGCGGGUCUGUGUGGACACAAAGUCCAAGAGCUCUAAACGAGAGCUUUCCACCUGAUCGCAGAAGCAGAACCAUCUUUCAGUGAUGGGGUGGAAGUGGUUCCCUAGGAUUUUAGGAAAGGAAACAUUUGGGGGUGGGAGGAAGGGCACAGAGGAGAGGAAUCCUUUUAAAGGUGCAAUUCUGCACCUACUUUUUUUAAAUAUUAAUUUCCAGGGCGCUGUCCAAAGAACUAUUGUACAAUAAUAUAGUGCAGAGGUUCUCAAACAGGUCCAUGAAACAUGCUGGGCAUAUGGUACUUGUUUUGCCUCCUUUUUACCAGCUGCUAAAAUGCAUUAAAAGUAGCUAAUAUUACUUUUCCAUGCAAGCAAUUGCUGUAUUUGCCACAGGAAUAUCAUGUGAUUAAAUGGAAGAGGUGGUGCCCCAUGUAAUUGAGGACAAGUGGUUGAGAUAGUAUAAGUGUGAUCCAGACUAGGAAAGUGAAAACCCCUACUCUAAGGGGCCACCAUUAUUUCCUUUCAUCCCUCAAUUUCUUCAGCCCUUUCAUGCUGCACUUUCUGCUUAAGCACUUUGCACAUGGAAGAGUUGCAGAGAGAACCAGCUAGCACCCUGGCCAGGGUCCCUUUUCAGCCAGCUCCCUGGGUAAAGUGCUGUCUCAGCAACUGCUGCCAGGCUCCUGUUUGCCACCCAGAGUGCAUUCU